AUGGCCACCCACGUUCUGACAGCCCCGUCCUCCACCACCGCCAAUUCCGGCGGGCCGGCCAACAAUCAGAUCUCGGUUUAUGGACACCCGUCACCUACCAACUCCGCCACCACCUCUCCUUCAAACAACUCCCCAACCUCCCCUCGCCUCACCACCGCUGCCCUACACCAAUUGCCCCUCCAGUCCCGUCAGCUGCGUCCUCUGAAAGGCCCCCUGUAUGUUCCCGCGGCCCUACGCCCAACCGAACGUCCCCAGAAAUCAUCUCCCAUCACCCCUCCGCGCAGUGUGCACGGUUCUCUCGACAGUCUGAACGAGGACACCGCCGAACCCAUCAGUCGUCGCUCCACCAUGGAGAGCAAGUCAAGUGGCAUCAGCAAGGUUGCCGAGCAUGAAUGGAUGAAGAAUGAGCACCUGGGGUUGGUCACCGGGCUCCCAACUCGCGAUCACUGGAAAGUGAGUAGUUCCCUCUUUGGCUUCUUUCUUCCCUCCUUCCCUUCCCCACCCUGCCUUUUUAUAUUCCAUGCGAGGCCGCCAGCCGGAAAUGGCGUGAUGGCCGCCCGGGAUGAAUGUCGUGGGUUAUAUGGGCGCGCUCGUCAUCCUCGAUCCUCGGGGGAUGGCGUGCUUCCAUGUCGCGAUUGCCUCGGUCGGAGACUUGCCGUUGUGACCAACUUCGCCUUCUCGUUCCCCUCUCCCCUCUACAUAUUGUGUAUAACGAGCUUCCCCGAAACUAACCUGCUCUUUCAGGCGGACUCGGCUUCCCCCAACUGUGACUCGCCUACCUGCCGUUCCUCCUUUGGCCUCUUUCUGCGCCGGCACCAUUGUCGCCACUGCGGUCAUGUCUUCUGCUCCUCGCACACCCCACAUAAUGUGCCCCUUGACCAGAAUGCUCGCUUCCAUCCGGACGGAGUUCCAUCGCGUGCAUGCGAUCUCUGCUGGAGUGCCUAUCAGCGCUGGGAGGAGAAUCGCAGCGACCGUCUGACCAAGAUUCAGGACACCAUCGACGCCCAAGCUAAGCAGGGCGACGGUGAUGCUGCCGAACAGGCUGAGGAUCUGGACGCCAGCGAAGACUCGGGUCGCGCAGCCUUGAAGGCCAACCUGGGUCAGACGGCCGAGGUCGCUGCCAGCGUCCCCCGAGAUUGGAAUUGGAGCACCUUCUAA